CAUCAUCCGUCGCGUUUCGCGUCGACGACGCGACGAUUGGCGCUCGCGCCUCCCGGGUCAGUAGGUUCUCAGAUCAGAUCACAAACGUUACUUGACCAGAUCGGUAGGAUUGCGUCGCGAGCUUCCGCCGCCGCUGUCUUCGUCGUCGUCGGGACAGUAUCAAACACCACACCGCUUAUAUUGUAUAAUCGGACGGAUUGUUUUGCGAUCGAUUUGUGUCAGCGGGAUCGUGUUCUGUUGAUCCUGUUUUGGUGUUUAUCACGGCGUGUGUGUAAUUAGAUAAAAAGAAGUAUUUAAAUCUAUUUGAAUAAGUCGACGAAGGGUGCAACGCAUGCGGAUGAUUUACAAGUGCAGUGCGGUUAAUUUGAAGUGCCUAGUGUGUAAUUAAUUUAAUAGAACGCAACAUAUCGAGGUGAGGUGUGUGAAAAUUAACGCAGAUGGGGAACAAGUGCAGCAGCAGCAGUAGUUGCUGUGGUACUGACACUGAACAACGCAGGGCCAGUAGUGGUGGCUGUUGCAGUUGCUGCUGCGGGAUGAGAUUCCGGAGAGUAUGGAGACCUGCACGUUUGGACACGGAUGAGCGAGGUCGUCUCAUGGGGGGACACAACCCGUUGGCGAAACCGAUGAUGGAGAUGAAGAAUAUGGAUGUUGUAGACGCCCCCUCAGCCGAUGUGUUGACAAUCAAGAAGGUCGAUAUGUGCAUCGAGGAGAAUGGAAAGCUUCAUCACACGAAACGGUACGAGCUAAUGACCCGAGAUGGCCAGGUUGGUCCUCCUCCGCGGUUGGUAGUCCGGAGAGGACAAGCUUUCCGGCUGCGGUUGAUCUGUGAUCGACCGUUUGAUCGCAGUCGCGAUGCGAUGAGUUUGAUAUUUACGGUGGACGGGGAGGAACGGCCAACCCAUGGGCAUGGAUCGUUGGUGGGGGUUGCGCUUCAACAGUAUCGCCACAUGAUCGAGGAUCCUCUGGAAUGGGGAGCUGCAAUUGAUUUUAUUAGUGGAGAUGCGUUGGAAAUUUUGGUGAAACCAGCGGCAACGGCUGCCGUAACCAAGUGGAGAUUGGACUUUGAUACGAAGCUGCUGAGCGAAGGAUUUGGAAAGAGCUAUUCACUGCCACAAUCGUUCUAUUUGCUGUUCAACCCCUGGUGCAAGGAUGAUCAGGUGUAUUUGGAAGAGAAACCACUUCGGGAUGAGUGCGUUAUGAAUGAUACGACGUUGAUCUGGAGAGGAUCGUACAAUCGGUUGCGACCUUCGGUGUGGAAAUUUGGGCAGUUUGAAAGGCACGUUCUGGAUUGCUCGUUGCUGUUGAUCGAUAAGGUCGGAAAGGUGAGUGCCACUCAUCGGGGUGAUCCGAUUCGUGUAUGUCGAGCCAUUUCGGCAGCGGUGAACUCACCGGAUGACGACGGGGCCCUGCUCGGUAACUGGAGUGGUGAUUUCUCUGGAGGAACUGCUCCUACCAAGUGGGUCGGAUCUGUUGAAAUCAUGCAGCAGUAUUACAAAAAGCAGAAACCCGUCAAAUUCGGGCAGUGCUGGGUGUUUGCUGGAGUCGUUUCUACGAUUGCCAGAGCGAUAGGAAUCCCAUCGCGCGUAAUUACAAACUACUCGUCGGCUCACGAUACGCAGGCCUCGCUAACGGUAGACUAUUUUGUGGACAAAAAUGGAAAAGUCAUGGAGGAGUUGAAUUCGGAUUCCAUCUGGAACUAUCAUGUUUGGAAUGAGGUUUGGAUGCAACGUCCAGAUUUGGGAAUCAGCUCCGAUGGCGACUACGGAGGUUGGCAAGCGAUUGAUUCAACUCCUCAGGAGAUGUCCGACGGAAUGUUCCGUUGUGGACCGGCUUCGGUGCUGGCUGUUAAAUUGGGAGAAAUUGCAAAGCCAUACGAUAAUAACUUCUUGUUUGCUGAGGUUAACGCGGAUAAGGUGUUCUGGAGAUAUACCGGACCAGCUCAUCCACUGAAGUUGCUUCGGAAGGAUGUUCUGGGGAUUGGACAUUUCAUAAGUACCAAGGCCGUUGGGAAGUGGGAACGAGAGGAUAUUACUAGCAGUUAUAAGUUUGCUGAGAAAUCACAGGAAGAGCGUGAUACCAUGAUGAAAGCGUUGAAGCAAGCCAAUAGCGCGUUCAGUAGAUACUACUUGAACGAGGACUUUAAUGAAGUUUAUUUCAAUUUUGAAUUGAGAGAUGAUAUUAAGAUUGGAGAGAACUUUUCUGUGAUCCUCCAAAUCAAGAAUCGAUCUUCAGAAAUGGUCCAUGUCGUCAAGGGUUCCUUAAACGUGGAAACCGUUCUCUAUACAGGAAAGGAACGAGAGAUGGUAAAAAACGACCACUUCACGAUAAGCGUGCAGCCAAACACCGAAGAGUUCGUAAAGUUGGUGGUCACAUUCGAUGAAUACUUCAAGAAGUUACGUGAUCAAGCAGCGUUCAACAUUUCGUGCUUUGCCACUGUCGAAGAAACGGAAUACGAGUUUUUCGCCCAAGAUGACUUCCGAGUUCGUAAGCCGGACAUCAAGAUCAAGCUUUCGGACACACCCGUUUCGCAGAGUCCGGUGGAGGUUACCAUCUCUCUACUUAAUCCUCUGCCAAUUCCCCUGAGGAAAGGCAUCUUCCACGUUGAGGGAUCGGGGAUUGAUAAGCCUUUGAUUUUCAAGCAUUCGGAGGUUGCCGUUGGAGAGACGAUAACGAAUACAUUCAGUUUGACUCCGGAGUUUGCCGGACGUGCGACGAUUGCUGCCAAGUUCACCUCCAAGGAGCUGGACGAUGUCGAUGGAUUCCUUGCCUUCGAGGCUCAACCACGGCCGGAGGAUGUGCUGAUGGAAACUAGAGAUAACGAAAUCAUUGCUCGAACGGAUGUAAUUGAUUAAUUGUUGGCGAACUCCGUUAUUCUUCGAUGUGUUCAUGUGAAAUGCAUGUAUUGGACGUAUUUAUUGAAAGCCAAAUAUCGAAUGGAUUUGUACAAGAUUUGAUCGUUUUUAUGAAUGUGUUAUUCUACUUAGUAGCUUAUACAUAACCUUUUAAUCUAUUUUAUAUAAACUAUUUAUCGUAACAGAAAAGCAAGAUCUUUCA